UCGCCCGGUCUCGCGGGCAGGCAGCCAAUGGCGACUCCGGAAGAAACAAAGAAGGCGGGGGAAAGGCGAAGGGGUGCGGCCGAGGACCCCGCCCUCCCUUCUGCUUAGGGUCGUGCCUGGGCCAGUGUUUCGGGUGCUGGUUGUGGAGGUGGCGACAUCAGCGGCGCCUGUGGCGGGUGUCCAGCCGGAGGAAGAAUUCCUUUGCGUGGAAAAUGACGCUUUUAAGUAUCAAACCCAUUGCUUGGGCAUAUGCUAUGAUAACAUUAGGGAUUGAAAUGCUAAAUUCUGUCUUCAGUUUCUACUAUGUGAAGCUGUUUUUACAUCUGUACAAGAUUUCAGAAGUGGCUUUUUACCAAGCCCAGAUGAUUUUAAUGAUCUGGAAUGCUCUUAAUGACCUGACUGGGUAUUUUCACAACUCUCAGGCUGGCUGCUGUUCCGAUCGUCAUAGUUCUGUGUUGUAUGGUGCCCCUUUGUAUUCGAUAGCCUUCCUGCUUCCUUGGUUCCCUUGGAAAUACUAUCACGAAGGUGACUGGCUGAGUGGACUUCAUCUGGUGGUAUCGCUAUGUGCUUUUGAUAGCACGCUUACCUUUGUUCAGCAAGCCCAGUGUAUGCUGUUUGCAGAGAUUUUCACUAGACAUGAAAGUCGGCUUCAGCUUAUUAAAAUCAACCAAGUGGCAUCACUAGUAGGAUCCACCAGCAUCCUCUUUGGUGGCCUCAUCUCUGAUAACAUGGAAAUUUUCUUCAAUUUUCAGGCCUUUGCUGUGCUCAUUGCCAUUCUUGCCACUGCCAGCCUUUACACUGGCAUGUACCACAUGAGUCACUUUGGACCGAAAAGAAGCCCCGAGGAAAACCUCUUCUCCGAAAGUGAACAGGAUCUCCCCUGGACCUCCAUCGUCUCAUUGAUGAGACAGCUCUUGACCCAGAAAAACGUUUGCCUUUUUCUGAUAAUGAGUUUCUUCCAAGUCUUCCAUUUAACUUUCUUCAAAAACUUCAUGAUGAUCUUUGCAGAUAAUCUCAUUCCCGAGGACGUUCUUCCUUCUUUCCUAAGGAGCAUCAUGUAUGGGGCAGGCUUUAUUUGCCCACAGUGCCUUGUACUUAUCAGUCAGUCCUGGCUGAAGAAGUUUGGUUACUAUAAAAUUAUCUUAAUUUCUUUCUACCUAGAAGGAACAGCCUCCAUUGUCAUGUCACUUCUUGGACAGCAAUACUAUUACCUUUUGGCUCUUUAUCUCACUAUUAUCAUGGUAAUUGUGCAAGCUUCUUUCUGUUUGUUUAACCUGCCACUAGCUGACAUGGUGGAUGCAGAUUUACUGAAGUUCAAUCGGCAGUCACCCCUUUCCUCAAUGGUUUUUGGCAUCAAUGCUUUGUUUACCAAACCUGCUCAGUCCUUAGCUCCCAUGAUGAUACUCUCUAAGCUAAAACAGUAUGGAUAUGGAAACGCAGAUAAAAGUACAAUUUUCGAUCUUCAUGAUGCUAUGUUUAAUUUGAUUUGCCUGUUCCCCCUGGGCAUUGCAGUAAUUCAGAUUCUGGUUUGGAGUCCAUUCUCAAUGAGGAACAAGACAGACUACACAGGGGCUCUUUAAGGCCAAUGCUUGGCUAGCAUGGGAUUCAAACAAAUCUUCAGUUGUUUAUUCUUACAGAGAUUACAUUCUACCAGAAGGCAAAACUGUAUUUUAUAACCCCUAAUUUGUUUAGAAAACAAAACAGAUGAAACAAAUACAAGAUGUUUUAGGGCGUUUUGACUACCGUAAUAAACUAAUAAGAAAGUUAAA